AUGACAACCACACAGUUAAGCCAACAGGAGUCCCCGGACCAAUACCAUGACAACCACACAGUUAAGCCAAUAGGAGUCCCGGACCAAUACCAUGACAACCACACAGCUAGGGAGAACCACCACUGCCUAGAGUGUGGCGAGGAAUGCCAAACUCCAUCAGCUCUACAGAUACACAUGAGAACUCACACUGGAGAGAACCAGUCUAACCCGCAGUGCCCUCUCUGCGGGGCAGAGUUCUCUCAGAAAGGCCUUCUGGAUGAUCACCUGGUGAUCGCCCACUCCCAUGAGAAACCAGAGAAGCCUUACCCCUGUCCAGACUGUGGGAAGAGAUUCUCCAGCAAGAGUUACAUCAAGAUCCACCAGAAGAUCCACAGUGGGAAGAUCUCUUACCACUGCGCCCAGUGUGAUAAGAGUUUCAUGUCAGCGGAGGGGCUCAAGAAGCACGAGAGCGCUCACCGAGGAGAGAGGCCGUACCGAUGCCCUGCGUGUGGCAAGUGUUUCAAACAACAAUCCCAGCUGACCUGUCACUUCAAGAUCCACACUGGAGAGAGAGCCAUCUCUGCUUCCUUGUGGGAAGAGUUUCGCCAGAGAGCCCUCGCUUACAGUGGAAGAAGUGGUCUUCCAACAUCCCUUAUCAGAAAGGAUCCUGGUGACCAAUCCAGCCCCAAAGCUAGAGAGUCCCAGGGUCCUGAUCCAAGCCAUGGCAGCAAGGCGUCCACUCAGACACCUCGGUUAAAGGCCAGCGCUGAAGAAGAGGAGGAGGAGGAAGAAGAAGAAGAAGAAGAAGAAGAAGAGGUGAACGUUGAUGGUUCGGGUAAUUCUGAAGACGACGACGCCAGUUGGAAUCCUACUCCUCGUCUUGCCAAGACUGGUGCCGGCGCUCCCUCUACAGCAGGGGCACCUAGAAAACACCGGAAGAAACAACGGGCCAAACAGAGAACCAGAGUCAAAGGAGAAGGCCAACGGAAGCGGCCCAAAACCAAGAGGUUUAACAACCGCCGCUGCUUUAAAUGUGGAGAGGGAUUCCCCCGGGAAUAUGAGCUGUUGCUACACCUGCAGACACAUCUAGAUUACAACUGCUACGUGUGUGGAGCGCCGUUCAACAACAAAGAACUGCUGCAGAGACAUCAGACAGAGCACACCGAGGAGAGUCUGGGUGUGUUCUCUGGUGAGGCAGGAGGUCCGGCUACAGGACAGCGCCGGGGGCGAGGGAAGAGGAUUCACCGAUGUCCGACCUGUGGGAAAGAACUGUCCGACGCGUCCAAACUGAAGCUACACAUGAGAAUACACACCGGAGAGAAGCCUUACUGUUGCUCCCUGUGCGAGAAGGGUUUCACUCAGCCAGGGAACCUGAAAACACACAUGAAAACACACAGAGAUGGGAACCCCAGUUUGUUGUCUGCUGGUGGGUUAGCUCCCUCUACAUCAAGAGGUCCUGAACACAUCGUCACCGCAGCUCAGGAGAACUUCAACUGUCCAGAUCUGUCAUCACUACAGAAACACGUGACAUCUCAGGACACCUCUUUCUUCUGUUCUCUGUGUGGGGAGGAGUUCUCUGAGAAGACUCAGUUAGAAGAACACCAGUUGGCUCACAAUAACAAGAAGCCUUUCCCCUGCCCUGACUGUGGGAAGAGGUUCCGCAGUAACUACUACGUUAAGAUCCACAUGCGAAUGCACACCGGGGAAAGGCCUUACCAAUGCUCUGAGUGUGGGAAGGGCUUUAUCACAGAAGAAGGGCUAAAGAAGCAUGAGAGCGCGCACCGGGGAGAGAGACCCCACCUCUGCCCCGAGUGCGGAAAGAGAUUCAAGCAACAAUCCCAACUGACAUGCCACUUCCGUAUGCACACCGGACAGAAGAGCCACCUCUGCGCCGUCUGUGGGAAGAGUUACUUCAGGGAAUUUGACCUCAAGGUUCACCUCAGAGUCCACACGGGAGAGAAGCCCCAUCAGUGUGAGGAGUGUGGGAAGAGCUUCUAUUAUCUACAGGGGCUCCGGCAGCACCAGAGGACCCACGCUCCUAAGCCCAUCGGACCGACCCGCCAGCUAGGCAGACCUAAGCAGUCAUCCAGCACGGACAGCUUGGACAGACCAAACCAAUCACCCAGGACGGGAAGGCCCAGGCCAGAUCCUAGAGUGGAGAGACCCAUGCCUCUACCCAGAGUGGAGAGACCCAUGCCUCUAGCCAGAGUAGAGAGACCCAUGCCUCUAGCCCUACCUAGAGUUGAGAGUGAUCUGGAGAGGCCUCACUGGCAUUACUGGCACCUUUAAAAUGGCAAUCUGCCAUUUUUGUUGUUGUUUGAACUGCAGAUUGCACCUUUAACCACCGCUAUGUCGCGUAAAACAUUUAGGGCCAGUUUCCCGGACACAGAUUAAGGUCCCUGUCCAUGUAACCUUAUUUAUUGGGAUCUAAAAGGCAAAGCUAACCAUAAAUCAGCACUCCUACCUUAAAACGCUUCACACAUAUGGCCUUUGGACUAGACUUAAUCUAUAUCCUGGAAACCAGAGAGAUUAUUAUUUCUAUGGUUACUCGCUCUACUUCUGUCUCUACUGUUAAAAGGGGAUUCCUGUGCUUGCUAGCAUAGUGUAAUGUAUCUAUGUUCCUCUUCUCUGAUCCCCACCACAGUUAUGGAAGAUGGAUGCUAACUAGGUGCUGUUUGCCUUGAGAGUUUCCUUUAGUAGAGGGUCUGCACAACAACAACAACAACAACAACAACAACAACAAAGAUUUUCAAAAAUAUGUGCAUUCUAUUUUCUUCAUUUAGACUGAGGGCCAAAAACAAAGGUUUAGACUGUCAGGCCGUCAUCAGUGGGAGUCCACACAUAGAAGUGCAUUAGUCCUUUACGUUCAGGUUCUGGGAGGGGGAGAAAAGCUAAGCUAAGUGUUAAUUUGCAAGUCGCUCUGGAUAAGAGCGUCUGCUAAAUGAUGUAAAUGUAAGAUUGUGAUCAACGCCCUUUUUUUAUGUCAAUCUGUUGAGUUGGGACGCUUGUUGUUUUUACACUAAAUAUACUAUUUGAAUAACUUUUUAUUUGUAUUAUUGUAUAUGUCAUAUUAUUCUGUCUCUCAUUCAUAAGCACUUAAUUUUUUUUCUCUGAAGUUCAUCGCUGACGUUCUCUGUGUCUGUGUGGAAUGUCACCACCUGAUUCAACAGUACCUGUGCAUAGUAGUCGUGUCAUGAUUAAAUAAAUCAUUGAAAUGAUUUCAAA